AUGUCGGAUCCUUCGCUCCCUGCCAACGCCCGCGUCUCGACCAACCCCUUCGUCGAGUCCAAACUCAAUCACCUCCGCGACCGCACGCUGGGCAGCACCGCCGUGCGCGCGACCACUGCUGAAAUCUCCCGCAUCCUGGCUGUGGAAGCGACCCAGGAUGAACGGCCCCAGGGCAAGAUCGGGUUGAUUGUGGUGCUCCGCUCGGGACUGGCCAUGAGCGAUGCCUUCCUGGCCCAGUUGGCGCCAGACACGGACGUGGUCGUCUACCAUAUCGGCAUGUUUCGCGAGCGGGUGUCGCUGCAGCCAGUCGAGUACUACAACAAGCUGCCGAAUAACAACACCGAGGUCAAACGGGUGUAUGUCGUGGACCCCUUGAUUGCCACGGGUGGCACAGCUGGGGCGGUGAUUGAGAUUCUGCGGGACUGGGGUGUUGAGCACAUCACUUUCGUCUCGAUCCUCGCCAGCAGGGCAGGACUGGAAAAAGCAGCCAAGGUCUGGCCUGAGGGAACCAACUUUGUCGUGGGUGCAAUCGACCCCGGUCUCGAUGAGCAGGGAUACAUCAUACCAUCUGACGAUAAUGACUGA